GGUCACAUCUUUCUGAAGCUUAUCUUCUUAGGUUUUCAUGGAGACUUCAUUGAACAGGUAACUGGAGCAUGGGCAACCAGGUUGGACACCAAAGGCUUGCUGCUGUGGACUGAGGGAACCCAGCAAGCGUCUGUGUAGCACUCCUUCCUCCAGGCAUGGGGCAGGAUCCUUCUGGAGUGAGGGCCGUGUGAUCCAGUGCCAGGUAGAGUAGGGCGGAGAAGUGCUUUGCAGCCAGCUCCUACACUGAAGGCCAGGCAACUUAGAGUCUCCAUGGCACACCUUGGAGGGAGUUCUGAGCCUGGCCUCAUAACACCUAGGGCACAAGGUAGGUGCCUGCAAACCUCUGGCACUGAGCCUUGUCGGGGGUCAGUGCAAAACCUUGCACUGUGUAUCCAUGUCAGAGCACACUGUGGACUGAUCCUGAGCUCCCGGCACCUAACUCAUGCCAGUGAAGUCCUCCAGCUCACUUGUCCUCCAUGGGCGGCAUGACCUCACUUCUGGCAGAGGCUUGGGUGUUGCACACAGGGCAGUCGCCGAGAAGAAGCACAACACGUGAAACAGACCCUGCACAGGCCCAGAAGGACACCCGUCUGAGUCUGAGUAGAUUGGGAUGGUGAGCACCGGGAACAUGCGCAUUGGCCACUCAGAUGUUCCUGCUCUGGACAAGUCCCUGGGGGACUAGAAGGUACUGAAGUGUGGGCUGGAAGGCCUCCACGGACGUGGGUCAGGUGAGCUUACAAAUACCCAACCCACAGACCACAAGGACAGAGCAGAGACAGCACAGUUCAGAUCCAGGAAGUAGGCUGGCCCAGCACCCAUCAGUCCUUCGGCUGAGAGUCCAGAGAAGCCACGACAAGAGAACACUGUUUCAACUGAGGAAUGAAAAGUGUGUUAGAGACACAGCCAACUCAGGAUGGACACCCCUCGGCGUACCAGGAGCAGAACUUCACCCCCGGAGGCCAGUGCCUCACCCAGCAGUGGCCUGGAAGACUGCCCUGACAGGAGGCAGCAGAGACGCCCAUUCCUUCUGCGUCCACCCAGAGUGCCAGGAGCCCUCACCAGGGCAGGAAGCAGGGGUAGGAACCAAGGCAGGCAGGUUGCAGGGGGGCAAAGGAGCCCUUCCUAUUUCUAGAAAGUGUGGUGUCUAUGUCAGAAGCUCAGGCCCCACACGCCGACUCCUAGAACUAGCUGUGAGCUCAGGGAGGCCUCAGGGUACAGGCAGCACAGAAACGAGCCUUGCCAUGCACCCCUGAGGGCAGCCAGCACAGAGUGAGGGGCAGGGCUGCUGCAGCGUCUUCCCCAAGCGAAGCUCUCCGGUCAGGUGUCCUUCUAAGGGGAAACGCGUUGGAUCUGCCGGGAGCCGGAGGAGGAGGGCCGAGUGCUGAAGGCCUGAGCCCUGAAGGAGUAGAGCAACAGAGACUGUGCCCACGACUGGAAGACGGUUCUCCUUCGGAGCACCACCUCAGCUCCAUAAGCCCUCAGGACCGUGCUCUUCAGACACCCAGGCUGGCGGAAGGGCAGCAGCUGCAAUAGAGAAGUGCCCCACAGGAUGGAGGCGGAGGACUGCGCCGUGACUGUGGAGGACACAGAGCCACACAGUCCGGAUGCUCCGUCUCCCGCAGGGCUGCUGAGGGGUCUGUGGAGGAGCGGCAGAGCAGGUGGCCCAGGGCAGAGGGAUGGACGUGGUCCAGACCUCCCUGGCCUCCCAGAGACAGAUCCAGCAGUGCAACACAACAGCACAAACCCCCGGGAAAGAAAUCAGGACCUGCAGGAAGCAGAGGCCUGCCACAAAGUGGAAAGGACGUCGAUAAACAACAGACGGGACAGACUCGCCCCACCCCAUUACCACCCCAGGGCCAGGCGGGUAUAGACAAGGGGUGGAGGACAGCAGGUGUGCAAGAGGACGGCCAGUUGCACCCAGGUACACUGCUUCCUUCACCUGCUUCUGCAAGGUGGCUGCCAGCCCAGACGCCAGCCCCAUAGCUGCCAUGGCGCUGUCCUGGAAGGAGCGAGUUUUCAUGGCCCUGCUGGGGACCGCCACAGUCUCGGGCCUCACGGUGCUGGUCCUCAUCCUGGUGGAGGCCACCAACAUCCUGCUGCCCGCAGACACAAAGUUUGGGAUUGUGCUCGACGCCGGCUCUUCCCACACCUCUCUCUUUGUGUACCAGUGGCCAGCAGACAAGGAGAAGGACACGGGUUUGGUCAGCCAGGCCCUGGCUUGCCAGGUGGAAGGGCCUGGAAUCUCCUCCUACACCUCUGACCCCACACAGGCUGGCGAGAGCCUGAAGGGCUGCCUGGCGGAGGCGCUGGCACUGAUCCCAGAGAACCAGUACCGGGGAACACCCCUGUUCCUGGGGGCCACGGCCGGCAUGAGGCUGCUCAGCCAGAAGAACAGCUCGCAGGCAGGGGACAUCCUUGCAGCAGUGUCUGGGGUCCUGGGCCAGUCUCCUCUGGACUUCUGGGGUGCUGAGGUCCUGGCUGGCCAGGAUGAAGGUGCUUUUGCUUGGAUCACCAUCAACUAUGUCCUGGGCAGGCUGGUCAAGUACUCCUCUGGAGAGUGGAUCCAGCCUGCAGAGGGGACGCUGGUGGGUGCCCUGGACAUGGGGGGAGCCUCCACCCAGAUCAGCUUCCUGCCCCGCGGCCCCAUCCUGGACGAGAGCACCCGGGCGACCUUGCGUCUGUACGGCACCGACUACAGCAUCUACACUCACAGCUACCUCUGCUUUGGGCGGGACCAGAUGCUGAACAGGCUGCUGGCUGCGCUGGUGCAGAGCAGCCCUGGGGCCCUCCUUCGUCACCCAUGCUACCUCAGCGGUUUCCAGACCACACUGCCCUUGGCCUCCCUCUAUGAGUCGCCCUGUGUCCACAUGGCAGCCCAGCUGGACCUCACCCAGAACCUCACUGUUGAGGGCACAGGCAACCCUGGGGCCUGCCUGGCCGCCAUCCGGGAGCUCUUCAACUUCUCCAGCUGCGAGGGCUCAGGAGACUGUGCCUUCAACGGAGUCUACCAGCCCCCGGUGCAGGGCCAGUUCUACGCCUUCUCCAACUUCUACUACACCUUCCACUUCCUGAACCUCACCUCCAGGCAGCCACUCCGCACCGUGAACGCCACCAUCUGGGAGUUCUGCCAGAGGCCCUGGAGGCUGGUGGAAGGCAGCUACCCGGGGCAGGAGCGCUGGCUGCGGGACUACUGCGCUUCCAGCCUGUACAUCCUCACGCUGCUGGAGGCCUUUGGGUUCAGUGAGGAGACCUGGGCCAACAUCGAGUUUCAGAAGCAGGCUGGUGGCACUGAGAUCGGCUGGACACUGGGCUACAUGCUGAACCUGACGGGCAUGAUCCCGGCCGAGGCGCCAGCCCAGUGGCGGGCACAGAGCUAUGGCGUCUGGGUGGCCGGCGUGGUGUUUGUGGUGCUGACCCUCACAGCCAUCCUCGGGGCUGCUGCGGUGCAGCUCCUCUGGGUCCAGGACUAGGCGGGGCCCAGAGAGCCAGAUGUGCAACAGGAUGCCCUUAGGGCUCAGCUGGGAGCCAUCGCCAGGUCCUUGAUGUCCAGGAGUCGUCCCUUGGACAGCAAGCCCGACUCCACACAGGACUGGGUGGCCAAGUCCAGCACAGCCACUGCCCCCCGGAAGCCAGGCCUCCCGUCCCCCCCUCACGUCACCCAGUUGUGCUGGCCGGUGUGUGGCUCCCCAGACAGCGGGCCUCUGCAUGAACCCAGGUGGUGCCCAGCAGCACCCAGGCUGUGUGGGGGUGAGCAUGGGAGGGAGGCUGGACUCCCUGGGUCCCCAUUUGCCUGGGGAGGGAGGGGGCUGUGGCUGCCCACUGUGAUCCAAAGAGGGGCCAGUUCCCAUCCCCCACACCCUCUGCUGGCCUAUCCAAAACACAGACCACGUGGUAGGGACAGUU